GGGGAGGAGCGCGGAGCCCGCGAGCCGCGCGGCCCCGGCGGAAAGUUUUCCCUGACGGAGUUUUGGCGGCGGCGGCCGGAGCGGCCAUGGACGCGCUCAAGUCCGCCGGGCGGGCGCUGAUCCGGAGCCCGAGCCUCGCCAAGCAGAGCUGGGGGGGCGGCGGCCGGCAUCGGAAGCUGCCAGAGAACUGGACAGACACGAGGGAGACACUGCUCGAGGGAAUGCUCUUCAGCCUCAAGUACCUGGGCAUGACGCUAGUGGAGCAGCCCAAGGGUGAGGAGCUGUCAGCUGCUGCUGUCAAGAGGAUUGUGGCCACGGCCAAGGCUAGCGGGAAGAAGCUGCAGAAAGUGACUCUCAAGGUGUCGCCACGGGGGAUUAUCCUGACCGACAACAUCACCAACCAGCUCAUUGAGAACGUGUCCAUUUACAGGAUCUCCUAUUGCACAGCAGACAAGAUGCACGACAAAGUGUUUGCCUACAUUGCACAGAGCCAGCACAACGAGAAUCUCGAGUGCCAUGCCUUCCUCUGCACCAAACGGAAAAUGGCCCAGGCUGUCACCCUCACAGUAGCCCAGGCUUUCAAAGUUGCCUUUGAGUUUUGGCAGGUGUCCAAGGAAGAGAAGGAGAAGAGGGAGAAAGCCAGCCAGGAGGGAGGGGACCUCCUGGGCGGGGGCCUCCGAGACAGCACCCCGUCGUUGAAGAGCCUGGUUGCCACUGGGAACCUGCUGGACUUGGAAGAGACGGCCAAGGCCCCGCUGUCCACAGUCAGCGCUAACACCACUAAAGUGGACGAGGCACCCAGGCCUCAAGCCUUGAACAAUAGCAGUGUUGUCUGGGAGCUGGAUGAUGGCCUGGAUGAAGCAUUUUCAAGGCUUGCGCAGUCUCGGACGAACCCUCAGGUCCUGGACAUUGGAUUGACAGCACAGGACAUCCAUUACGCCCAGUGCCUCUCACCUGUCGACUGGGACAAGCCUGACAGCAGCAGCACCGAGCAGGAUGACCUCUUCAGCUUCUGAGGGCCCGGACUGGCAGGACACAUGACAGACCAAAGCCUCUCGUUGCAGGGUGGGCCGGCUCCAGGACCCCAGCCUCCCUCUGCUGGUUGGCAGCGCCCUCAGCCUUCGGGUCAAAGCUGCAACCAGUCAAGCAGGGGGGAAGGAAAAUUUUUUUUUUCUUUCUUUUUUUUUUUUUUUAAGCCCCACUCUUUCUGUAAGUACUGAAGGAUGCCUUGAAUAUUUAUUCAGUGACUCCUGGUUCAACUCGGAAGCUGGUUUUGCGUCAGGCACGAGCGCAGUGUUUUAACCAGCUUUCUGCCCUCUCUCAAGCAAGCUCUGCUCUGCUGUGGGUGUCAGGACGGUGACCAAAGCAUUUUUUGUCUCUCCUCUCUCUAAGAACCCAGAUUUCCGUGGUGGCACCCCCACUUCUGAGCACAGGAGGGCCCCGCAGCCUCAGGAGAGCGCUGUGUCCUCAAGUGUGCCUUCCACUGGGGCCCAGCAGGCCUGGGCUUGUGCCCCUGGCCCCGGGGCUCUCAGAGACAGAGGGGAGCCCCUGACCAAAGACAACAUGCAGCUGGCACUUUAAAGCACGGCAGGUGAGGCCCCCAGGGGCUCCUCAAUGGUGCUGCAUUGCAUAGAGCUUUCUGCCCUUACAGAAGGGCCCCAAGUCACUGUGGAUGGUCCCCAUCAGUGCUCGGAACCAGUGGAACCGGCUGCCCACAGGUCCCCGGGGUCUGACUGCAACAGUGGGGAUCAUUUGUGUGUGACUGACCUCUGUCGGGGUCCCCCACCUGCCCUUUCUCCCUGAGCUGGACGGGAACGUGCCCACUCAUCCUGUCUGCGUGGGUAUCUCUGAGCCCCAAUUCCCCAUGCUUCCUGGGACUGUGUGGAGCCCAACACUGAGACCUGGUCAGGACAUUUCGGAGGAGGAGACAGGCCCCAAGCCUGGAAGGGGUGGAGUGCAGAGUAGAACCGGAUCUGAUGCCAAAGUUGCCUCUCACCCUCGCCUCUCCUGGCUCACACCUCCUUUCUUUCUGGCUUUGUUGUCCUCCCAGGAACCAAAAACCCCAGCUAUUUUCUGACCAAAAUGUGUUUCAUAACAAACCAUCUGGUGCCUUUCCACACACAACUGGCUUGAGCCUCUGUGCCCUGCUAGUUGUCUGGCUGCCGAUUUCUGUGGAAAUGGAAGUGUUGAUGCUAAUUUGGAGGGUGAAACUAAAUGAGACCCCAAAGCAUUGAGCUCUUCUUUCCUGACUCUCAUCCCUGGAUUGGGACGUGCCAGCAAUAGUCUGUAUCCUCUUAGUCUCCCUUCCUCCUCCCACCUCUCCUCCCUGUCCCCCUCCCUCCACCCCGGGGCUCCCAGCAAAGCUGCCAGUGACCUCUCCACCUGGAGGUGCCUCCCAGGCCUGGCUUUACUAAACUUGAGUCACCAAUGAUAGUUGGAGCGGGUUUCACCAGCCCAGGAAAAGCACACACCAUUUCUCAGAAUCUACUUCUCUAAGCACUUGAAUCAGCACAAAGAUAGGUGCCUGGCCAAGGAGUGGGGUGGCAUUUGUAGCAUCUUUAUCAGAAUGUGGGGAUCAGUUCCUUUCCUGCCCAGCUCCUGCACCUUGCUGCCCACCCCAGACCUUGGUAUUGGCUCCUGGAUUUGUUACGAGGCAGCAAAGGUAGGGCCCGACACCAGCUGUUCCUGGCACAAGGGUCCAGGAGCCCUGAGAGGCCGUACAGAGUGUGUGUGUGUGUGUGUGUGUGUGUGUGUGUGUGUGUCUGAGUCCAACCUGGCCCUUGUGUGGGUCUCUUGGUGACACGCUGUUGGUGUACUCCUGUGUAUCUGCAGAUGAGUCUUGUGCUUUGCUUUGUGUUGCUGUAAAAGAUGUUCUAAUGAGGAAAAGAAUAAGUAAUAAAGGUUCUCUUUUUGAAAUA